AUAGGUGGAAUAAAAGAAAAUAAGGGUAAAGAGAGGAAGGGAGUAUUAAUAUGAAACCUUGGAAAGAGAGGAAGAAUUCAAUACCUUCCCCACCGUGAACAACAAGGGACAACGUGCGUGCUUUCAAAGGGACAAAUAAUAGUUAUCGUCUUUUAUUUAUAUUUCCCUUCCCUUUCCAAAUAAGCCUUCUUCAAUUCCUGCCCCGGGGUAUAGUAUAGUAUAGGACUUCAUUCAUUCAUUUUGAAGCAAGUAAGGGAAAACAAGGGCGGUGGGGGAAAAUGAGGGGUUGCCCUUCAUGCGGUCGUCCGGCGACGGAGUGGGAGGAGGAGGAGGGGAAAACAAAGGGCGGCGGUGGCCGGAGGAUUCGUGAGCUGCCGGGGGGUUUGCCGGCGGGGGUGAAGUUCGACCCAAACGAUCAAGAGAUUCUUCAGCAUUUGGAGUCUAAGGUCCGUUUGGAUGCUCACCCUCUCAUUGAUGACUUCAUCCACACCCUUCAUGGAGAUGAUGGCAUUUGCUGCACCCAUCCUGAACAUUUGCCAGGAGUCACAAAAGAUGGUUUAGUCCGGCACUUUUUUCACAGACCAUCCAAGGCUUAUACCACCGGCACUAGGAAGAGAAGAAAAGUGCACACGGAGGCCGACGGGAGCGAAACGCGGUGGCACAAAACGGGAAAGACAAGGCCGGUGGCGGUGAAAGGCAAGAUGAAAGGGUACAAGAAAAUUCUGGUGUUGUAUACAAACUACGGGAAGCAACGAAAGCCCGAGAAAACCAAUUGGGUGAUGCAUCAAUACCACCUCGGAGAUGACGAGGACGAGAAGGAAGGAGAGCUUGUUGCAUCAAAGAUUUUCUACCAAACACAACCUAGACAAUGUAGUGGUGCCCCACAACUUAAGGACUCUCUCCUACCUCUUGUCAAGGCCAAUGGCACCGGCGAUCAUGACAGGGUCACACCGACGGUUGAACCAUUCGAUCCAACUCUCAUAUCCUUUGAUCAAUACGGUCAUGAUCGACCCACCACUCAACUACUCCCAAAUUUUAAUAUGUGUGACACUCCCUUCAUUCCUUGAUGGUGAUUAUAUUGUCCCAACGUUCAUAGACAUUACUAAAAUUGCUUAUAUGUUGGUAUAUGUAUAUUUUGCUACACCCAAUCUUCUUGUUGUAACAAAAAAAAGAGAUGAUGAACUCAUCAUCAAUUAACUUGAAUAAAACGGAAUUCCCUAU